UUCAAGGACGAUGAGAUUAGCCUCUGGUCUUUGCACAUUAUAACAUCUCUUUCCCCAUCCAUCACUGCAUUCACCUGGUCAACCUGAAUACUGACGGCAAGGACAAAGCCCCGCGUACCGAGCAACCCGCACGACAGUAAUAUCGCACUAAAAUGAACGACAUGAUGAUCAGCUGUCUCCCUCCUACAAAGUUCCUCAGCAAUCUUCUGCCUGUGAGGGAUGCAAUUUUGAAUGAAAUGCCUAAGGGUGUUACAUUCUCGAGAAUUCCUGUGGACCCAGACUCUGAAUCUGAAAUGUACCCUGGAGUUGUGAGAGAGUUCCAAUCAUUAAGCCCGGGAUUCGCAUGGUUUAUUACCUCCCAAAAAACCGGCAGCGAGAACGUCUGCAUACAACCGAACAUAUGUUCCGUCGAGGGCGAUGCAGGCAUGGACGACAAUUUCUCUCCAUCUGAGUACUCUGGAGGCAAACGCAAGAAGAAGGUGAAGGAGAAGGAGAAAGAUGAGAGCACAAGUCAGAAAGCACAAGUCGAUCCACCGUUCGACUGGGCGCGAUGCGAGAUAAGCGUCGUGGUAAAGGCCCGUUUAAAAGACGACCCCUUCGUUGACCAUCAAGACAAUGCUCUUGAAUGCGCCGCUAAGCAGGGUAGAUCUUCCUGUGGCCAAAUCUCCUCGUACGUCAAGGAACAGUCCACAAGACAACACCGCGUUCGCAUUUACCAGCUCCUCAUCCUCGGACAUUCUGCUCGCCUGCUUUGCUACGAUCGCUCCGGCUAUGUUGUAUCCCAGCGGUUCGACUUUCACCAAGAGCCAGAGAUUCUUGCGCAGUUUUUGUGGCGAUAUUUCAAGAGCAAUCGUACAACAAGGGGAUGGGACACAACAGUCGUUCUCGCAGAGCAACACGAGGUCGCAGCGUUCGAAAAUGCCAUCACAAGCUUUCUCAAGACGGUCGAGGAUCUCUCAAGCGGCGAUGAUACCGCCAACACUGAUGAUGGUGUCCACGGCAGAUUCAUAUGCAAAGAGUUUCACCGCACUCUUGAUUCUGCGUAUCCAACAUACAAGAUCCUCGUCUCUUCUAACGAGUACUCUGCAAAUCUCAUCGUGAGGCGACCUUUCGUCGAACCACUCUCACUAUAUGGGCGCUGCACUCGAUCAUAUCUCGCUUACGACGUCGAGCAGUCCGCGAUCGUUUUCUUCAAGGAUACCUGGCGCACUAACCACACAGGACGUGAUUCUGAAGCAGAAAUCUACAUGACUCUCAAGGAAAAGCAUGUUGGCAACAUUCCUAAUGUACUCUAUGCGGGCGACGUGAUAGGGGAUGAUGGCGAAGUGCAGAAGAGUUAUGUCGACGAGUACUCAGUGAUGGACCACAAAACAUGGUCACAGAAACCCUGCUUACCACUUCGGUCCCACGUCCACAGCCGCAUCAUUCAAGAUUUAGCCUACCCACUGUGGUCAGUGCGGGGCACAAGGGAGCUUGUUCAGGUCCUCCGUGAUGCUCUCAUUGUAAUACAAAAUGCAAGGGCCGCAGGAAUACUCCAUCGUGAUAUCAGCGUCGGGAACGUCAUGAUCACGAAAGAUGGCCGAGGUAUCCUGAACGACUGGGAUCACAGUUAUAGGAUAACUUCGAAUUCGACUGACAAACACUCGAAUAUCAACCGACCCCCAUUUCGGACGGGAACAUGGCAAUUCAUGUCGUGUCGCAUUCCUAAAAAUCCCCAGGCGAACCACGAUGUGUUGGACGAUGUAGAAUCCGUCUUUUGGGUUCUCUUGUUCAUUGCCUUGCUGUGGUUCAAGCACAGGCUGGGCUACAUCACAUUUGACAUGUUUGACCAAGAGAACGUCCGGCGUCGCCCGAAUUUGCGCCCACAAGUUGUCGGGGGAGGCGACAAACUCUGCUUCCUGUACAUGGACGAAGCAUCUGACCUCCAGUUCGAAUCAGCCCCGCUCGACACCCUUGUAGUUCAACUGGCAAAUGAUCUCUCGAGACUGUAUGGUUUCAAAGGUUCCAAGGAGACAGAGGAAUACAAGACCAUACGCGGGCAAUGUGGCGUGGAGAAGGUCAUUCAAAGGUUUGACGAAGCACUGGCUCGUCAUGACUGGCCGCAGGGCCCGGAGCGCGUCAAAGAGGAGCAAUACCCCCGACAGUCGCGAAACGCUACCACGAAGGAGAUACACCAGAAUACGAUAGUAUCGGCAUAUGGUAGAUGGGUCGAGAACAAGAGCGGUGAUGUCGAUCUCUCCCCCGUGCUGGGACACACCCCUUCCGAGUCGCGAUCGACACAGAACAUAUCUGCACAAGCAGGCGAGAGGGGUGGUCCACUCACGCGUAGCAAAGCCACGGCACGAGCCGCGGAUAUGUCUCCACCGCCACCUGUAGAUUCUCAGCCGUCGACCUUCACACGCAACGCACGCCGGCGUCGCGAGGUGUCUCCAAAACAGCUCUCACAAGAUCCUGGUGACCAAGACUUACCUUCCCGAGGCACCUCCUCUCGUAGGAGGGGCCGUGCACCCAGCCGGGGUAUGUCCGACGGACAGUCGUAUGUGCCCUCGUCCGGUCGCGGACUGCGGCGCAAACGCAGCACCAGCAAGGAGCCUGAAGCUGAGGCGUCGACGAGUCGCAGGAAACAGUCGCGGGCCACCAGCCAGGAAAAGAAGGGAGGGCGCGGAGGGAAAAGGAGGAGGACGUAAUUUUAUAACAUUGCACUCGC